AUCACAUGCCAUUUGGCAGCUGGGAACCAAGCUUGGCCAGUUGGCUAAACUUCGCGCCUCGAGUUCGUCGCGUGUGCCCAUCAACGACACCUCGUCUCUGACUUCUAUGCCUUUACCGUCACCAUGUUGGCACGCUACGGGGGGAGCCGAGGACACCUCGUAUCCCUUGUGACCUUGGCCCUCCUGUUGCUUCUUUUCAGCGGCCAGGUCCAGGCUUCAAUUGGAGAUCGGCUUCCGGAGUUCCGGAAAUGUGUUCAGAUAUGUGAGCAAGAGAACUGCGGCCCCGACGGGGAGCACACCACGCCCAUCCCUCUCCUCCACCGCCUCCUACUCUGGACCUGCCCAGCCGAGUGCGACUACACGUGCCAGCACAUCAUCACGGAGCGGCGGCUGGCGGCGGACCCGCCGGAGCCUGUGGUGCAGUUCCACGGCAAGUGGCCCUUCCACCGGUUCCUGGGCAUGCAGGAGCCCUUCUCGGUCCUCUGCUCGGUGGGCAACCUGUGGGCCCAUUACCACGGCCUCCACAAGCGGGUCCUGACCACGAUGCCGGCCUCGUACCCGCUACGCCCCUACUACGUGGCCCUAGCGCGCAUCGGCAUGGCGAGCUGGUUCUUCAGCUCCGUCUUCCACACCCGCGACUUCCCGCUGACCGAGAAGCUCGACUACCUCGGCGCGGGCGCCUCCGUCAUGUACGGCCUCUACUACACCGUCGUGCGCGUGUUCCGGCUGCACGACCGCCACGCCGCCGGCCGCCCCCGCCACCCGACCUCCUCCUCCUCCUCCUCCUCCUCCUCCUCCACCGCGUCCCGCCUCGCACUCCCGGCCUGGACGGCCCUCUGCCUGGCCCUAUACGCCGCCCACGCCGGCUACCUCCUCCUCGUGCGCUGGGACUACGGCUACAACAUGGCCGCCAACGUGGCCUGCGGCGUCGCGCAGCACGCCCUCUGGGCCCGCUUCAGCUGGCGCCGCUACCGCGACACCCGCCACGCCUGGGCCACCUGGCCCGCCGCCGUCGUCGCCUGGGUCGUCGCCGCCAUGAGCCUCGAGCUGCUCGACUUCCCCCCGCUGUGGGGCAUCUUCGACGCCCACGGCCUGUGGCACUUGGGCACCAUCGCCCCGGCUGUGCUGUGGUAUAAUUUCCUUGUUAAAGAUGCGCAGGAAGACAUGGCGAACAGCGAGAGGCUGAAGGCUUGAAAGGGGUGUCGGUCGGGAAACACACAAGAGGGCGGCCGGGAUCAUACCUGGAGGUGGCAUUGGCUGCAUCUGCAGCUUAUGUGCCCUGUUUUCGAUGGCCGUGGUGGGAAAACCUAGCAAUGGUAGUCAUGUAUAAUAUACAGGUAGAAUCCUCUUGAGAACGGACGCAGCAGCCUGGCUGCUCAGGACGGAUGUGGGAGGUCCCGGGUGAGAAUAGAAUAUUAUCACAUCGGUAAGGAGAGGACCCUUUUUGAAGACGACACCUCGGCUUCCAGUAUCCUAGGUCCUUCGUACUCGGAGUCUUAUAUAUUGGUAGCCAGUAUUAUACCAACUGGACAACUCGACUCCAUUUGCGGCCACGGAAGCAAUCAAGACAUCCGAAAGUCACAGAAACCGAGAUACA